CAGCAAAGUUGACAUGCAGAGGAGGAAACCAUUGACACGCGUUGUAAGUGCCGGAGGUGCGGCUGGAUUGUUCGCUCACUACAAGAAAAAGUAUGAGUCAGUGGAAACUAGUCCAACAGUUAGAGGUCAAGUUUUUGGAGCAAGUGGAUUACUUUUACGAUGACAACUUCCCCAUGGAGAUCCGUCAGGUGCUGGCUGCCUGGAUUGAGAGCCAGGACUGGGACACGGCUUCAAACGACGAAUCCAUGGCCACCGUCCUCCUCAGUAACCUCCUGAGCCAGCUGGAGAGGCUGUGUUCCCAGGAGCAGAACUUCCUCCAGAGGCACAACAUGAAGAGGAUCCACCAGCUGCUGCAGUCUGAUGGAGAGACCUUUUCUUUAACAGGCACAAGGUAUUCAAGGGAAAACCCUCUCUGUUCUGUUGGGGGUUUAGCUGGGUGUGUGUAUGAAUGCUGCUCUCUCUGUUCUGUUGGGGGUUUAGCUGGGUGUGUGUAUGAAUGCUGCUCUCUCUGUUCUGUUGGGGGUUUAGCUGGGUGUGUGUAUGAAUGCUGCUCUCUCUGUUCUGUUGGGGGUUUAGCUGGGUGUGUGUAUGAAUGCUGCUCUCUCUGUUCUGUUGGGGGUUUAGCUGGGUGUGUGUAUGAAUGCUGCUCUCUCUGUUCUCUUGGGGGUUUAGCUGGGUGUGUGUAUGAAUGCUGCUCUCUCUGCCCCCAGGGGAAGUAUAACUCCAGCCCCUUACAGAUUGCCUGCAUCAUCUCCACCUGCCUGAGAGAGGAGAGACGGAUUAUAACCACAGCGAGUGUGCAAGAGCAGGGACCUCUGGAGAAAUCCAUGAUGCAGAACUCGGCUGUCUUCGAGAGACAGAAGAACAUGGAUAACCGGGUGGCUGUAAUCAGGAGCAGCGUGCAGAUGAUGGAUCAGGCAGUAAAGUACCUCGAGGACAUGCAGGACGACUUCGACUUUCGCUUUAAAACACUUCAGUCUCGAGACCCAGCAGAGCGAAACACUACAUUUGUGAAGCAGGAAGUUAUCACGCUUCAAGAAAUGCUGAACCGACUUGACUUCAAAAGGAAGGAGAUCCUUUCCAAGAUGGUUGAUGUGAUCAAAGAGAUUGACGUGCUGAUGAACUCCCAGCUGAGCCCGGAGCUGAGCGACUGGAAGCGCCGGCAGCAGAUAGCCUGCAUCGGAGGCCCUCAGCUGACUGGACUGGACCAGCUCCAGAACUGGUUCACUCUGACGAUGCAGAGCCUGUUCCAAAUCAAACGGCAGCUGGACAAGCUCGGCGAGCUGACCUUAAAGGUCACCUACGAUGGAGACCCCAUAACUCAACAGAAACCCCAAAUGGAAGAGCAGCUAAAAUAUCUGGUCUACCACCUCAUCAAAAGCUCCUUUGUUGUGGAGAAACAGCCCUGCAUGCCAACCCACCCUCAGAAGCCCCUCAUCAUCAAGACUCAGGUGCAAUUCACCACCAAGGUCAGAUUGUUGGUCAAACUACCAGAGGUAGAUUACCAGCUGAAGGUGAAGACCACAUUUGACAAGGACCUCCCCCCUGGCAGAGUGAAUCGGCAGUUCUUCAUAUUGACCAACAAUACCAAAGUGAUGGAUGUGGAGGAGUCCUCCAAUGGCUGUCUCUCAGUGGAAUUCAGACACCUGCAGCUGAAAGAAAGGAAAUAUAUAAACGGACCAAAAGGGAAUGAGGGUCCCCUCACAGUGACUGAGGAGCUCCACUCCCUCAGUUUUGAAGCCCAGUUCUGCAUGCAGGGCCAAAACAUCGACCUGGAGACCUGCUCACUGCCUCUAGUAGUCAUCUCCAAUGUCAGCCAGCUCCCCGGCGGCUGGGCCUCAGUCAUGUGGUACAACCUGCUGACCGAUGAGCCCAAGAACCUAGGCUUCUUCAGUAGUCCUUUGCGGGCUGGUUGGGGCCAGCUCUCGGAGGUCCUGAGCUGGCAGUUCUCAACCUUCGCUGGGCGCGGCCUCACCAAAGAGCAACUGAGCAUGCUCGGAGACAAACUGCUGGGUCAGCAGGCUUCCCACGCUGACUGCCAGAUCUCUUGGUCCAGAUUCUGCAAGGAGAACAUUCCCGGAAAGCCCUUCGGCUUCUGGAUGUGGCUGGACUCCAUCUUGGAACUUAUCAAGAAGCACCUGCUGCCCAUCUGGAUGGAAGGGUACAUAAUGGGCUUCGUCAGUAAGGAGACGGAGAGAGCGCUUCUGAAGGAGAAGGAGCCGGGAACGUUUCUACUCCGCUUCAGCGAGAGUCACCUGGGAGGCAUCACCUUCACCUGGAUGGAGCAGGGGGAAAACGGGGAGCCAAAGUUCAAUUCGGUGGAACCGUACACAAAGAGCCGGCUCAGCGCUCUGCCUUUCGCCGAUAUUAUCCGUGACUACAAGGUGAUAGCCCACGGGAUUGUGCCAGAAAACCCGCUCAAAUUCCUCUACCCGGACAUCCCGAAGGACGAGGCGUUCGGGAAACAUUACAACAGCCAACCAAGCAAAGCCUUUCCCUACAUCCCUGCACCUUUCAUCCCAAUCUCGUUGCGUCCGCCCCCGUCCUCAUCCCCUGAGCCCCCGAUGACCCCUGGGAUGUUCGACAUGCUGAACCAGCACCUCAGCCCCUUCGAGAUCCAGACCGCGAUGAGUCCGGAGACGCAUCUUGACUGCCAAGUGACAAUGGCUCAGUGGUACCGACUGCAGCAGAUGGACUCGAAGUACCUGGAGCAGGUGGACCAGCUGUAUGAUGACACCUUCCCCAUGGAGAUCCGCCAGUAUCUCAGCCAAUGGAUCGAAAGCAAUGACUGGGAGUCCGCGGCAAACAACGUUUCCCUAGCAACCUUACGGUUUCAUAACCUCCUGGCUCAGCUGGAUGACCAGUUCAGCCGAUUCACCCUGGAGAACAACUUCUUGCAGCAGCACAACAUCCGCAAGAUCAAACGCAACCUGCAGGACCAUUUCCAGGAGGAUCCGGUACACAUGGCCAUGAUCAUCGCCAACUGCCUGGUGGAGGAGCAGAAGAUCCUGUCGUCUGCAGAGAAAACCGAGGACAACAUUGGGAGCACACAGACGAACAUGGUGGUGGAGAAACAGAGAGAGCUGGAUAACAGAGUGAAGGACAUCAAGAACAGAGUGCAGGAAAUUGAGCAAAAGAUAAAAUCUCUGGAGGAUCUGCAAGAUGAGCACAAUUUUAAGUGCAAGUCUCUCCAAAGCAAUGAGGUCGACGUGAACGCCAACCAGAAAGAGGUGAAGCGGGAGGAGAUGCUGAUUCGGGAGAUGUUCAUCAGGCUGAACAUCAGCAGAGAGGAUGUGGUGCGUCAGAUGGCGGAUGUGAUGAACGUUGUGGAGCAGAUCCAGUACGCCCUGGUCACAGACGAGCUGCCUGAAUGGAAGCGUCGACAGCAGAUCGCCUGCAUCGGAGGCCCACCCAACACCUGCCUGGACCAGCUGCAGACCUGGUUCAGCACGGUGGCUGAGAGUCUGCAGCAGGUACGACAGCAGCUACGGAAGCUUCUGGAGCUGGAGCAGCAGUACACGUACGAGAACGACCCCAUAACGCAGAAGAAGAGCUUCCUGGAGGACCGCGCGCUCUUUCUGUUCCGGAACCUUAUCAUCAACUCCAUCGUGGUGGAGAGGCAGCCCUGUAUGCCCACACACCCACAGAGGCCGCUCGUGCUGAAGACGGGCGUGCAGUUCACGGUCAAACUCAGGCUGUUGGUAAAACUACAGGAAUUUAACUACCAGCUCAGAGUCAAAGCAUCUUUUGACAAGGAUGUCCCUGAAAAAAACAAGUUGAAAGGCUUCCGCAAGUUCAACAUCCUGGGCACCAGCACCAAAGUGAUGAACAUGGAGGAGUCCAACGGGAGUUUGGCAGCUGAGUUUCGCCAUCUGCAACUGAAAGAGCAGAAGGCUCCUGGUAACAGGACAAACGAGGGGCCGCUCAUCGUGACGGAGGAGCUGCACUCCAUUAGCUUUGAGACGCAGCUCUGCCAGCCUGGUCUGGUCAUCGACCUGGAGAUCACCUCUCUCCCCAUCGUGGUCAUCUCCAAUGUCUCCCAGCUGCCCAGCGGCUGGGCCUCCAUCCUGUGGUACAACAUGCUGUGCACCGAACCAAAGAAUCUGUCCUUCUUCCUCAACGCCCCCUCGGCCUGCUGGAGCCAGCUUUCCGAGGUGCUGAGCUGGCAGUUCUCCUCUGUCACCAAGCGGGGUCUGAACGCGGAGCAGCUUGGCAUGCUGGCAGACAAGCUCCUAGGUCGAGAAGCCAAUGGAAACCCUGAAGGACUCAUCCCCUGGACCAAGUUCUGCAAGGCCCCAAAUGAGAAGAGCUUCCCCUUCUGGCUGUGGAUUGAGGGAAUUCUGGAGCUAAUCAAGAGGCACCUGCUGGCAGUGUGGAAUGAUGGCCACAUUAUGGGUUUUGUGAGUAAGGACCGCGAGAAGACCCUGCUUAAGGACAAGCUUUCGGGAACCUUCCUGCUGCGGUUUAGCGAGAGUAGCGAAGGCGCCAUCACCUUUACCUGGGUGGAGUUCUCCGCCACUGGCGAGGCGCAGUUCCACGCGGUGGAACCGUACACCAAAAAGGAGCUGACGGCCGUCUCCUUCCCCGACAUCAUCCGCAACUACAAGGUCAUGGCUGAGGAGAACAUCCCGGAAAACCCGCUGCGCUUCCUUUACCCCAACAUUCCCAAAGACAGCGCCUUCGGGAAGUUCUACAGCCGGCAGACUGAGCAAUCCGAGCCCAUGGAUAUUGAGAGCCCCAGUGGAGUGGGAUACAUAAAGACGGAGCUGAUCUCCGUCUCGGAAGUUCACCCCUCGAGAUUUCAGGACGCCAUGCUGCCGUUGUCUCCGGAGGACUUUGGGGCACUCACUCGCAUCAUAAACCCAGCGGAGAUGGAGACGGUGAUGUUCCCUUCGUUCCAAAAUUAGACGGACUCCCAACCGGACAGAACCCUGGUCCAGCUCCUCGCCGUCUCACUGAUAUCCCACAAUCCCUUCUGAGUGGCGCUUGCUGAAAGUGCUGAUGUUACCUUUUUCUCAAACCACAGCCAUAUACAGAAUUGCGAAUGAAACAGUUAAAGUAUGCAUAAUUAAAAUAAUUUGUCAUUUGUUUGAAAUCCAACAGAGCGCUGUGUGUUUGUUUUGCUCUUUUACUUUCUCUGAAAUCCAUAUUGUGAAACAUUGUUUGUAACUUAUCAUUAUGUACUGUAACGGGAGUAGUGACAGACACAGGCGGUGUUGCACAUUCACGUCUUGUGCACAUCACUACGUAUUCAUCACAAAUAAAUGUAGUCAUUUGUGCCUUGGAA